AUGGAGUGCCGCAACACCUUAACAGAGAUCAAAGUCUUGAAGGCGCAACCCAAACAAAUGUUGGUCAUUUGCCGAGACAAUGGAACUCCGAGUAGAAGUGCUUCAGCUGACGUUCAUUUGGCUCUUCUCGAUGUAAACGACUGCAUUCCACUCUUUUCACAAAGUGCCUACAAUUUCACGGUGGUGGAGGACUAUUCCACAGCCUUUCAGGGUCAGCGCCUGGUUGGCAGUAUCCGUGCCACCGACUGCGAUGGUCCCGAAUUCAAUCAUGUCGUCUACCUUCUCCUCAACUCAUAUCAUCUCUUCAGCAUUGACAGUGAAGGACGCAUCUUCACGACGCGAAGUCUGGAUCGAGAACAGGAGCCAGUCUACGAAUUGCAAGUUGUAGCAACUGACGGACCAAUUGGAAAUGCAAAUUCUGACGAGCGAGCAUACAAUUCGGAAGCUCUGCUCCUCUCCACACCUUACAAUUCUGUCACAGCAACUGUCAGUGUCAUCGUUCAAGACCUCAAUGACAACCCUCCCCAUUUUGUUCAUCCAGCCAACACCAGUAUUCCUAUUCGAGUGUCAUUUCAAGAAGAUGUGGGAUUUGUGCUCACCAGAAUGGUGGCAAUCGAUCCGGACAAUGGAAACAAUGGCACAAUCUCCUACCGCGUUAUUCGGGGCAAUCGCCAUGGUAUCUUUAAAUUAGGAGAGCAUUCAGGCGACCUCUACAUUGGCAAGAAGAUGAUACCUGAGCAGGUGGUAAGUCAGUCUAGCUAUGCCUAG